AUGAUUGCCGCUCUCUCCAAGCACGUGGCUGCUAGGCCAACCAGUCACAACAUUAAGUUGGCUCUUACACGAGGGACCCGCCGCCAUGCAACUGUUGCGGAUGCCGCAUUUCCUCGGUCGCCCAUGACAAGACCAAGGGCCGCUCCUGCCUACCAGCAGCCGGCCACUCUCACGAUCAGAGACGGCCCAAUAUUCUCUGGGCAAAGCUUCGGCUCCUGUCGCGAUGUGUCAGGAGAGGCGGUUUUCACGACGUCUAUUGUGGGCUAUAAUGAAUCUCUGACGGAUCCCUCAUAUCGUGGCCAAAUCCUCGUCUUUACGCAACCUUUGAUUGGGAAUUACGGCGUCCCUUCGCGUGAAGCCCGAGACGAGUUCAAUUUGCUGAAGCAUUUCGAAUCAGAAUACAUGCAACCGGCUGGGGUCGUGGUUGCGGACGUAGCAAGGAAAUAUUCUCAUUGGACGGCUAUACAAAGUCUUGGAGAUUGGUGCACACAACAAGGUGUUGCAGCCAUUACUGGUGUGGACACACGUGCGAUUGUCACCUUUCUGCGUGAGCGCGGUUCUGAACUAGGGAAAAUCUCCAUUGGGGAGGCCUACGACGCCGAUCAAGACGAAGCCUUUCAAGACCCUGCAAACGUCAAUCUCGUGAAACAAGUUAGCACAAAGGCUCCCUUUCAUAUUGCUUCUGCCGGUGAUCUGCAUAUUGCUCUGAUUGAUUGUGGUGUUAAAGAGGGUAUACUUCGAUCUCUAUCACAACGCGGCGCGAGUGUGACGGUGUUUCCCUGGGAUUUCCCGAUCGAUAGACUGGCUCAUCAUUUCGAUGGUGUCUUUAUCAGCAACGGGCCUGGUGACCCUACAUAUUGCGUACCCACUGUUGAAGCACUCCGCAAUCUCAUGGGCUCUUCUCAGAUCCCGGUAUUUGGCAUUUGUCUCGGCCAUCAGCUUUUGGCAUUGGCUGCAGGCGCAAAGACGACAAAGCUCAAAUAUGGGAAUAGAGCACACAACAUUCCUUGUUUGGAUCUCACAACUGGGCGAUGCCAUAUCACGUCCCAAAACCAUGGUUACGCGGUCGACGCGAAUACUCUACCGCCCGACUUCAAAGAGUACUGGGUUAAUCUGAACGACUCGUCAAACGAAGGAAUGAUCCACAAGUCACGUCCCAUCUUCAGCACUCAAUUCCAUCCCGAAGCCAAAGGCGGACCGAUGGAUACCGCCUUCUUGUUCGAUGUCUACCUGGAGAGCGUCCGGAGGUACAAAGAUACUCGGCGCCUGCUUUUUCCUAACAAUGACCAUCGAGUUGAAUCCCUGCUAUUUAACACACUUACCAACGCAAGAGUUGGCGUGAGGACCGAUUCGAUCAAUUUUGCGGAAGGCAUGCAGCAGCAGAAACAGGACAAUAGGGAUCUUGUAUGA